AUGGAGGACUUAUCACUUGGACAAUUGUUUAGUCUUGGACAAAAGAUAUUGACAGAAUUAGAGAAUACAUCUCUCUCAAGCAGUGACCCUGAAUAUCAGUCAAAAGUGAAUAAGGGCAUUGCUUAUUUGAAUCAAGCUGAUGCUUUUGUUUCCAGACUUCAUUUGUUUAGCGAAAACGAAAUUAUUGAUGACAUCAACACCAAUGACAUAAAGUUCUUGCUCAUCACUGCUUACCUCGGGGACUUGACACUAAGACUUACAGGCAUGGACAAUAGAGGCGAUACAUUAAACAAAGCCAAGGCUUAUAUACAAAGGUUCUUGAGUACAUGCCAAACACAUCAGCUUAUCACAAAGGAUGAUAUCGACGUGUUGGAACAGCUCGAAGCAAAUAAAAAGCCUAACCCAGCACUGCAACGGGAACAAAAAAUUGCAAGAUAUAAACGCGAAAAAGAAAUCAAACAAACUGUUCAAAAAUUACGCGAACAAUUGGAUCAAGCAAGUGCAGGAAAAGAUGAGGACCGUGACGUGGAUGAAAUGGAACGAGAUUGGGUCAUGUCUUUGGUUCAGCUGGAGAUCAUGAAGGCACUAGAAAGUUGGAGUUCAAUAGAACAGGAAUUGGUGAUGGUCAAAGAGAUGGAAAUGAUGCGGGAAAUGAUGAGACAGAAAGGGGUUAUGCCUUCGACACAGACGGAUGCUCUUCAACCAGCAAGUAAUAGAGUAAACUGGGGUAGAGAUAAGCCGUUGUUGAAUAAAGAAGGCAGGCCACUUCAGCCAUUUGUCAUCACUAGUAAACGGGAGCAGAUAAAGGACAACGUAUUUGGGCCUGGAUAUAACUUGCCAACUAUGACUAUUGACGAGUAUCUUCAACAAGAAAUGGAAAGAGGAAAUAUUAUUCAGGGAGGUGGCGAGCCACCUGAGAAAGAGCCAGUUGAUGAUAAUGAUUAUGAAGCACUUGAUGCUGAAACUAUGAAACAAAGAGAAUGGGAUGAAUUUACAGAGGCAAAUCCGAGAGGUUGGGGAAAUAGGGGUAACAAAGGGUAA